AUGGAAGGUAACGAUAGUGUCAUAACUAGAUCGUAUGGGGCACUCACAAAAUAUGAUCUUAUUGUGGUCGGAUCUGGCUUUGCUGGGUGUAUGACCACGCUGAACUUUCUCGAACACGCCAAAAGUUUGGGAAAGAGUGCUACAGUAGCCUUGGUUGAGGCUGGUAAAGAGGGGGAGCGAUGUGGGGCUAGCAGAUGGACACCGGCGUUCUUUCGACUGGACAAAGACAACAAGUUUGACAGCAAUUUCAAGAAUGAAAUGAAGGUUCGCGGUCGUACGCCUUAUAGCAUGGAAUCAUCUGACUGUAACAGCAACGGGCUCGCUGACCAGGCAUAUUGUGAAAAAUUGGAAACGGAAGUUCCCCAUACAGUUCAGUUUCUGCUUGACCAUGGCGUCAAGGUUCAGCAUCAGACUGAGCACAACGUUUACCUUGGAUUUGAUACUGAGUUUAAAGCGUAUUUAGACCAGAAUUUUGCUAAGGGCAACGGUGGCGGCUAUGCCAUUAUUCUCAAACUGUUUGAGCAUAUUCUAUCGUUCCCCAAUGUGGAAAUUAUGUGGGAGACAAAUGCGGAGCAACUACUCACAUUAGACAACGGUACUAUUCAUGGGGUUAGAGUUCGAAAAAACAAUGGGCUACUUUCCCAAAUUUUUGGCAAGCAAGUUAUGCUCUCUUGCGGUGGGUUUGAAGGAAAUCGCGAAAUGAUGGCACAAUAUGUUGGGCCGAGAUCCGAGCAGCUGGGACUAGUUGCCCCAGGUCUCAAGUAUAACACCGGUUAUGGUCUCAAGAUGGGUUUACAAGUCGGCGCUGCAACUGCGGGCUCUUUCCAUGGGCUUCAUUGCGAGCUUGUAGAUACACGUUCUUCAAAACCAGAGGCAACUAUCUGGGGUCACAGCUUCGGUAUUGUGGUCAACGAGAUAAUACACUCCAAGCGAUUUUACGACGAAGGCAACCGAUCGCUUUUUGCAACUUGUGAACUCAUAGCUUACGAGACAUGGCGAGAUCAAAAUCAAAAGGCGUACUUCAUCACCGACGCCCCAAUCAUGGACCGCUUCAGACCGGGCUGGGUUUACGAUACAACUGAUCUGGAACCAGAAGAGGGUGACACAAUCGAAGACCUUGCUGAAAAGCUUGGCCUCAAUCCUCAGGAGUUGAAGCAGACUUUGGAUGAGUACAAUUCUUCGAUUGAUAACAAGGAAUUCGACCCCAUGGUUCUUGACGGUAAAAGAACCAACGGUCUAACGCCAAACAAGACUAACUGGGCAAGUCCGAUCAGAGUGGCACCAUUCUACGGUUACCCAUUGACUGCGAAGGUUGUGUUUACAUUUGGUGGCUUGAAAGUUGAUCUUGAUUCCCGAGUGAUUUCUACAACUGGUAUCCCUAUUCCAGAGUAUGUUGGUCUAUGUUCCAUGAGAGAACUGGUUCUUACGAACGUUCCGCUGCGACAAGUUUUCACUCAGCCCCCAGAAGCUCAUACGAUACUGACAAUUGCUAUAGACCCACCAUGCAACAGUGCACUUCGUUGUCUCACAUUCGGUCGUCUUGCUGGAAAAGCCGCUGCGCAAGCCUUGUAAAACGAAGUCUUCGUCAAUUUCUAGGCGAUGCUGCAACGAAAUGGCUACGGAAUGUUUUUUUGCUGUCCGCAGCUCGGAUUUUCUGUUUGGAAUGAUUGCUAUGGUUGCUUCCGGGUUCAAAUAACUUUUCUGUCAACUUUAGGAUUUGUGCAAGCUAAGUUGCCCAAAUCU